GAAGUGGGGGAUGUGAGUGAGUGACUGUGUCCUGAAAACAAAAUGAAGUGGCGGCUGUUUAUUACACUGUGUGUACUGUCGGUGCUCUUUUGCGCGUUGGUUUACAACAGCAGUAAUCUGAAGGACUGGAACAGAUACCAACCCGACACCGAGAGACCCAACUCCAGCGCAGUUUCAUUAAUCUCCCAGAGUUGGUGGAGCUCCAAUGGAUCUGCAAAGAGGAAUGAAUCAAUGCAUUUUGUGAGGAUUUCAGAUGCUGACUUUGCCAUGGUUCAAAGCAACGUGACAGAAUCCAACAUGACCACCAAGAAUACAGAGAUGCCCAAGUGCCCGGACACUCCACCAGAACUCGUCGGACCUCUGAGGAUCGUGUUCGACGAGGAAUUUUCCCUGGAGAAGAUUGCUGAGUUGAACCCCUACGUGGAGUUUGGGGGACACCACAGACCGAAAGAGUGCAAUGCCCUGCAACACAUCGCCAUCAUCAUCCCCUUCCGCAACCGGGACCAUCAUCUGACACACUGGCUGUACUACCUGCACCCCAUACUGCGUCGACAGCAGGGAGACUAUGGUAUCUACAUCAUUGAGCAGGCGGGCAAGGACACCUUUAAUCGCGCCAAGCUGUUGAACGUGGGCUUUGUGGAGGCUCUGAAGGAUGUUCCUUACGACUGCUUCAUAUUCAGUGAUGUGGACAUCAUCCCCCUGGAUGACAGGAACCUGUACCGCUGCUCCAGUCAGCCUCGCCACUUGGCCUCAGCCAUGGACAAGUUUAACUUCAGGUUGCCAUACGAGGGUUACUUUGGUGGAAUCGUCGCCUUCACAAAGGAGCAAUACCUGAAAAUAAACGGCUUCUCCAACAGCUAUUGGGGCUGGGGCACCGAGGAUGACGACACGUACAAAAGGGUGGUGAUGAGCGGGAUGAAGGUGGAGAGACCCGAGCGGAUCAUCGGACGGACUAAGAUGAUAAAGCACGAGAGAGACAAAGGGAAUGAGGUCAAUACGAAGAAUUACGACAUUUACAAUCGGAUGAAAUUCACAAAGCACCUGGAUGGAUACCAGUCCCUCAAAUACCGUCUGUUAAAGGUCGAGAAGAUGCACCUUUACACUAAAGUGACUGUUGACAUCGGAAAACCACCUUCCUAAAGGAUGUUGGGACGUCACCUGUACCUCUGGCUGGGAAAGACAAUCUAAAGAGAGGUGUAAGUGGCUGCUCAGCAGGUCUGACCGAACGCUUGCAAACCAGCCCUGGAGGAGAGAGACUGUGUUGAUGUAAAACGACCACCUCCUCCUGUUUCUUCCUUCGUUCUUUGUUCAAUCUCAGGGUUGGGGUAGGGUGGCAUGAUCCUUGACCUCCUUCCCUUGAGCAGAGAUGAAGAUUUGACGUGAACGGGUGGGGUGGGUGGGGGUUAAGAGGAUAUCGAUUGAUGGCCCACAUCUCGCCCGCCCACCAAACCCACUCGUCCCCUCACCGCACUGACUAUGCACUUCUUCCCUUGGAACUUCUUAUCCCUUUAGGACACCCACAGCGUCAGGGAGGACUCGACAGUUUGCUGGCCAGUUGCUAUUGGUAAUAUUUAUGCAAAGACGCAACUCUGGGCAGAGAGAUCUUUCUAGCCUCCAUUGUGUUCAGGGACGGCGUUUUUGCCAGAUAUCAACCAGUAACCGGGGUGUUGCUUUGCCUCUGGGAUUCUCUCAGGUACAUAGCUUACAUUCAUCGAUCAAAUUGUCUUUUGACAACUACUUCUCGAGUGUCCAAAUGGCUUCCAAGCCUUGAAAUGUACACAUGUAGACGGGUGGUGUUGACUACGCCAGAGCACUGUGUCCCAUCAUUCCCUCACCAUAACCACCAUUGCCCUUGGAACUAUGCAAAGUGACCUUCUUUGUUACAAUCCACCUUCUGCUCCUGCCUUUUGAGACUUUUUUUUGUGUAUGUGGCACAGACCUCAGUGGCCCAACAGGCGUACUGCAUAAGUGCCUGCAGUGAUGCCUGUGGCUCAUUGGUGGUAUUAUUGGCAAAGAAGACUCGCUUGCUUUGACUCCCAACCCCUUUAACUGGGAUGAAUGAGACUUGGAUUUAAAGGGUCCUCUUAUUUCAUGCGCCUCCCACUCCUCUCCUGAAGACAAUCGGAAGAUGAUCCCCAGGGCAGGCGUCCACCAGGACCUCAUUUGAACGCCUCGUGUUCACCCCUGAACAGCAAGGACCAAUAGGUUGGUCAACCAAGAAGGUCAUCGAAGCCAAACUCAAUCCUACAGAACAGGGAUCAAACGGGUGGCUCUCUUGCUCUGUGUGAAGUCCAUAUGGUCUGGACAGUGCCGUUACCAUCCAGAAGAACCUGUCCAGUGAAAAGUUGUUUGAAGAGUUUUGGUGGUUUAAGAAGUUCUCUCACCAACUGGUAUUGGGAUCUGCGGAAUAGAGAGACCCCACUUGUAAUCGUCUCGAAGCAGCUGUGCCAGUGCAAGCCUUUGCUCCUCCUUCCUGCAGUGCAUGGCGACCAAAAUUCACUGCCCUCACCAUUUGGCUCCAUUUUCCUUCUGAGGUACCUCACCCCCAGUGCUUGUCCUUCAUGUGGGCAGAGCACCUGAUCACCGUGGGUUAGGGACAGGGGAGAGGAGAGAGGGAUUGGAACUCAUUUAUUUAUUUUACUUAAAAGAAGCAAGUUUGUAUGCGUUUUAAAAAUUAUUUAUGAAAGAAGUUUUAUUAAAUGGUGCGACGUGAUGUUAUUAGGGCUGAAAGCACAAAACUAAAGGAGACUUGGUGCGAUAGUUAACGCAAAAUAUGGUGGGUCUACAAGUUGUACAGGCAGAUAGUCCCCCUCUCUCGUCGGCUCAGGAUUCAUUUGCAUUGAUUGUUAUCGCAAUGAUGACCUGACCCGGGCUUUUGACACUUCCACUGCAGCUGUGAGAGGCUCCUUUAUUGCCCCUGAAUCAUUUAUAAUCCCACUCCCAGAGCAGUCGCUAUGACUCUUAUCUCUCCUACUUGCUAAAGGUGGCCACUGGCUUGACUUGUGAUGCCUUGAUCGUGUCUGAACCUGUCAAGUGGGGUUUUUGGGGGGAAAUAAAAGAUGGCUCUUGUUUGUCUGUCCUUCCCAGAAUGUAGUGUUCAAGGAAAAAGCAAUAGCUGCCACCAUGGUUGUUGUUUUUAUUAUUAUUACAAUAAUAGUCAGAAUGUUAGAAGCUACGUUUGUUGAGGAUGCAGUAGGAAUGUUCAGUUAGUUCAAUCGGGGAGGGACAUCGCAGUUGAGUUCUGACACUUCCUUUGCCUGACUUAAAAUGCAAGUUGUUUUAUCACACCAUUGGGGAGGAAGGAACCAGAUAGCGAUCAGGAAUAGGAACACUGACUGGUAUUAGCCCUAAACUCCCCCUCCCUCCACCCCAAACUAGGGGACAAUUGUAGUCCUGUUUGCAACCCUGGCUGAGGUCAACUAAUUCAGCACAGGCCGGCGAUGGAAACUGGCUUUUCAGAAGGCAUAGUUUUGUUUAAAUCUGCGGUUGCAGUCAGCAUAAACCAUUACUAUAUUCCCAUUGUUCCCAUCACCACAAUCCGGUGAAUGCAGGAGCUUUACCUCAGGCUUGUAUAGAGGAGGGUGGAGGGGUGGCAUCUGCUGACCAAGACACUGUGCAUACACACUGCUUGCAGUUUCUAGCUCGCAAGCCUGUAAUUGCUGCUAAUAAAUGCAGGCCAAUGCCAGAAACUCAAUUCAGUUUGAAAGACUGCAGACGCCUCGAUGGAGUGAGAGUCAGUCUCCCACAACAAUCAUCCUGUGAGCAGCGAUGCUUGAAUCAGCAUGAAUACAAUGAUACAUCAUGAAUAAUUUGUAAUAGCUCCUUUCAGGGCGAGUUGGAAGUACAUCUCAAAGCACAUCACAGGAUAAUAUUGUAAAGUGGAUUAACCGUGUGUUUUGCGGGCGAACUAUCUGGGCAAUGUACAGUGCUCCCUCUGUACAGCCAUCAACCGAACAAUCAACCUUUUCAUGAAAUUGCAAUGAAUAUAUGGGAGGGCACUCGGGGCUGUAGGCUCGGUUGCUUUCACCUUAGUGACCUCUCUGCUGACUUAACGUCCCCGGUUUGAAAUGAGUGAGCUUGAGGGAGUUUUACAGCACAAAAUUGACCUUUUAUUCAGCACUGACUUGUCAAUCUCACGUAAGAGAAGCCACAGAAUGGCUGGGGUGGGGGUGCGGGGUGGGGGGCAAAUGGAAUACUGUUGGAUCAGGGGCAUUAUUGUCAGAGGGUGAAAUGGGACAGUAUUCCAUCUCCCACAACUGAUAUUGUUCACCUCGAACGAGUGUAGAACUCACCAAAAAAAAAAAGAAGCAAAACCACAAAGUGCUUUCAUAAAUAUUCUAGUUACUGCGGGUCAGUGCGACGAGAUCUUUUCACGAAUAGUUUUGGGGUGUGAUUUUUUUUUUCUUGUCUUUUCCUUUUGCGUUUGUGAAAGAUGUAUUCUUGCAUAUGCCCGAGCAAAAGGUAGCCUUUAUUUUCUUGAGAGAAACUAAAUUAAAUGUAUUUUUUUGUUCCGGUUUUCUAUUUAUUAGAUUUAUCUGUAGAACUAUUUUGAAAGUGAAGCAGAAAUAGAUUGGGGUGUUUUUCGACUAAGCAAAAAUAAAUCUACUGGUGAAGAGUUGGACUAAACUAA